AUGCCUGGGUCAAACGAUAAGUACAUAAGAAAUAAAGGUGUUGAUGUGCUUGGUGUUCAUGGUGAUGAUGGUAGUAGUAGUGGUAGUAGUAGUAGUAGUAGUAGUAGUAAUAAUAGAAGAAACAGGCUUACCCCCUAUCCGUUUUGGUGCCGCGCGGCGAGGACUGGAUCGUGUCCGCUCCUGCUAGGGCCUGUUGAUGUUGCUGGUAGAGGGCAGGUUAUCGUCGUUGCUGGUCUGGUAUCUGGUAUCUAAGAAGGGGCCGGUCCUUCUGGUCCUCUUCCUCCUCCUCCUCCUCCUCCUCCUCCUCCUUCUCCUGUUCCUUCGCUUUUCAAACUGAAAGAAGAAGAUGGCAAAAAUUCUUGA